CAAUCCGACGGUCGGUAUACUUCGAUAACCAUUCCAAUCUCUAAUAAGGAUCGUCAUCGCCACCAACCUCCACGCUAUACAUUCCCGUGUGUGAACAGACAGUAAAAUUCAACAGCUUCGAGAGUUCAUUAUAUUACAAGACUUCUGUUCCUUGCACAACCCCCAAUUCUUUUAAUCCAAUCGCUCGAAACCAAACGCAGCUAUGGCGUUUGAUCCAGAGCAGCAGCAAGUACCCACCUCUUCUGCUUUUGUAGAGGUUGGUAAAUCAUCUGGUGAGAUCAGCUCAGAAAGGGAGCCUCUUCUUACUAAAGAUAAUCACACCCCUGGAGAAAACUACUCUGUCCUUGCAGCCAUCUUCCCGUUUCUCUUUCCAGCUCUGGGAGGACUCCUUUAUGGUUAUGAAAUCGGUGCAACUUCUUGUGCAACUAUUUCACUUCAGUCGCCUUCAUUAAGUGGAAUUUCAUGGUACAACUUGUCCUCAUUGGAUGUUGGUCUAAUUACAAGUGGCUCACUUUAUGGUGCAUUAGUUGGCUCUGCUGUGGCUUUUAGUAUAGCUGACGUUAUAGGAAGAAGAAAGGAGCUGAUUCUGGCUGCUCUCUUUUUCCUCGUUGGAGCCAUUGCUACUACACUAUCACCAAUCUAUUCCGUUCUGAUAAUCGGACGAGUAACUUAUGGGGUCGGAGUUGGACUGGCAAUGCAUGCGGCUCCAAUGUACAUAGCAGAGACUGCUCCAAGUCAGAUACGUGGGCAGCUGGUAUCACUAAAGGAAUUUUUCAUAGUCCUCGGGAUGGUUGGAGGUUAUGGAAUCGGUAGUCUUGCAGUCAAUACUCUUUCGGGUUGGCGUUACAUGUAUGCAACAAGUGUCCCCUUGGCAGUUAUUAUGGGGAUCGGGAUGUGGUGGCUCCCAGCAUCCCCUAGGUGGCUUUUGUUGCGUGUCAUACAGGGGAAAGGGAAUGUGGAGAACCAAAAAGAGGCUGCAAUCAAUUCUCUUUGCCGCCUUAGAGGUCCUGCUUUUGCUGAUUCAGCUGCUGAGCAAGUAAACGAGAUUUUGGCUGAACUUUCUUUUGUGGGAGAAGAUAAAGAGGCCACGUUUGGUGAACUAUUUCAAGGGAAGUGCAAGAAAGCUCUCAUCAUAGGAGGAGGUCUGGUCUUGUUUCAGCAGAUAACUGGGCAACCAAGUGUUCUUUAUUAUGCACCAUCGAUACUUCAGACCGCUGGAUUCUCUGCCGCAGGUGAUGCAACAAGGGUCUCAAUUCUACUUGGUCUAUUGAAGUUGAUUAUGACAGGAGUAGCUGUUGUAGUUAUCGACAGACUUGGAAGAAGACCCUUACUUCUUGGUGGUGUUGGUGGCAUGGUUGUCUCAUUAUUCCUGCUGGGGUCGUACUACAUCUUUUUCAGCGCCGCACCAGCUGUUGCUGUGGUUGCACUACUGCUCUAUGUGGGAUGUUACCAGCUAUCCUUUGGUCCGAUUGGUUGGCUGAUGAUCUCAGAGAUAUUUCCCCUCAAGUUAAGAGGUCGAGGGCUCAGUCUAGCAGUUCUUGUGAAUUUCGGUGCAAACGCGCUAGUGACAUUUGCAUUUUCGCCUCUAAAGGAGUUGUUUGGAGCUGGGAUACUGUUUAUGGGGUUUGGUGUUAUAUGUGUCUUGUCUCUGCUCUUCAUAUACUUCAUUGUUCCAGAAACAAAGGGUCUCACUCUUGAGGAAAUUGAAGCCAAAUGUCUCUAAAGUUUCUGCACUUCAAGCGAAACAGAUAUUCAUACUUCCUUUGUGUGUCUCUGAGCAAUGUUUUGGUUCAUAUGCUCGAGACAAUUACCAUCAUAUUUACAAAACACUAGUGUUUUAAAAAUCACUGUAAUAAUUAUCAUUAUCACCACAGUUAUGUUAUAAACUAAAGUUUAAAGAGUUUAGUAUGCA